ACCAAACACACGCUAAACCCUAGCCACCCUGCCCUCGUCUGCCUGCUCUCGCCGUCCUCCCCUACUCCACCCCUUCAUCUUCGCGGCGGUGGAGCGAAGAGCCAACCCGCCGGCUUGAUCUUAAGCAUGGAGAAGCCCGAGGCGCUGGGGUCGGAGAAGGCUCCGGAGGAGAAGGUUCGUAUAGUCCCUAGUCUCACAUUCGCUUCGAUGCAACUUGAUGAGAAAGAGUUAGAACGAAAACUGAAGAAAGAUCAGAAGUGGUUUUCACCGAUGCCAGAAAUUAGUUGAAUUGUCAGAUCGGACUGUUUGUUAUUGUGUGUGUGAAUAGUCAUUUAUGGAUUAAGUGGUACAUUCGCAGGCAAAAGAAAAGGAGGAGAAAAGGCUUAAAGCAAAGCAAAAGGAGGCAGCUAGACUCCAGGCACAAGCAACUUCAGAUGGGCCCAAGAAGAGUGAGAAGAAACAAAGGAAGAAAUCUGUGGAGGAUGAAAAUCCUGAUGAUUUCAUUGAUCCAAACACUCCUCAAGGGUGAAAAAAAUUGCUUGCACCUCAAAUGGCCAAGCAGUAUAGUCCAAGCGUGGUCGAGAAAUCGUGGUAUGCCUGGUGGGAAUCAUCAGGAUAUUUUGGGGCAGAUUCAGGUAGCACAAAACCGGCAUUUGUUAUUGUUCUGCCACCACCAAAUGUGACUGGAGCUCUUCACAUAGGCCAUGCUCUUACAGUGGCUAUAGAGGAUGCCAUGAUACGCUGGCGGAGAAUGUCAGGCUAUAAUGCUCUAUGGGUCCCUGGAGUGGACCAUGCUGGCAUUGCUACACAGGUUGUAGUAGAAAAGAAACUUAUGCAUGAAAGGAAGCUGACAAGGCAUGACAUAGGGCGUGAAAAAUUCGUUUCUGAAGUACUCAAAUGGAAAGAGCAGUAUGGUGGUACCAUAUUGAACCAAUUGCGCCGUCUUGGGGCCUCACUUGAUUGGUCUCGCGAGGCUUUUACAAUGGAUGAGCAAAGAUCAAAAGCUGUAACUGAAGCUUUUGUAAGGUUACACAAGGAAGGCCUGAUAUAUAGAGAUUAUCGCCUUGUAAAUUGGGAUUGCACGCUUCUAACUGCAAUUUCUGACAUAGAGGUUAAUCAUAUUGAACUUAAAGAAGAAAAGAUGUUAAAGAUCCCUGGUUAUACUGCUCAUGUACAGUUUGGUGUAUUGAUAUCUUUUGCCUAUCCUCUUGAAGGACUGGGUGAGAUUGUUGUUGCAACAACUAGAAUUGAAACAAUGCUGGGUGAUACAGCAAUAGCUGUUCAUCCUGAGGAUAAAAGGUAUAAGCAUCUGCAUGGGAGGUAUGCAGUCCACCCCUUCAAUGGCCGAAGGCUCAAAAUAAUCUGCGAUGCUGAGUUAGUGGAUCCCACUUUUGGUACUGGGGCUGUCAAGAUUACACCUGCCCAUGAUCCAAAUGACUUUGAGGUUGGAAAACGACAUAACCUUGAGUUCACCAAUAUCUUCACAGAUGAUGGGAAAAUAAAUAGCAAUGGAGGUGCACAAUUUGAAGGAAUGCCAAGAUUUACCGCUCGAGUUGCCGUUAUUGAGGCCCUGAAGGCAAAGGGCUUGUACAAGGAUACGAAAAAGAAUGAAAUGAAAUUGGGUGUUUGUUCAAGAACUAAUGACGUAGUGGAGCCCAUGAUAAGGCCCCAGUGGUUUGUUAAUUGUAACACCAUGGCCAAGGUAGGCCUUGAUGCUGUAAGGUCUAAAAAGAUUGAGAUUAUUCCCCAGCAGUAUGAACAAGACUGGUAUAGAUGGCUUGAAAACAUACGUGAUUGGUGUGUUUCAAGGCAACUUUGGUGGGGACAUCGUGUACCUGCAUGGUAUGUGACACUGGAAGAUGACCAAGUGACAGAUCUGGGUUCCAACAAUGACCGUUGGAUAGUCGCUAGAAAUGAAUGUGAUGCGAACUUGGAAGCACAGAAAAAGUAUCCAGGGAAGAAAUUGCAGCUAAAUCAAGAUCCUGAUGUGUUGGACACAUGGUUUUCAUCUGGUCUCUUCCCAUUAACAGUACUUGGUUGGCCAGAUGAUACCGCUGAUCUUCGUGCUUUUUACCCUACUUCGGUACUAGAGACUGGACUAGAUAUUCUCUUCUUUUGGGUAGCACGGAUGGUGAUGAUGGGAAUGCAACUUGGUGGCGACGUGCCAUUCAAGAAGGUUUAUUUGCAUCCUAUUGUCCGUGAUGCACACGGACGGAAAAUGUCCAAGUCACUUGGUAAUGUCAUUGAUCCUCUUGAGGUGAUAAAUGGCAUCUCACUCAAUGAUCUUCUGAAACGUUUGGAAAAAAGUAAUCUGGAUCCUGAUGAAUUAAACAUUGCAAAAGAAGCGACGAUGAAAGAUUAUCCUGAUGGCAUUGCUGAAUGCGGUACCGAUGCCCUCCGCUUUGCACUGAUUUCUUACACUUCUCAGUCUGACAGGAUAAAUCUGGAUAUCAAGAGAGUGGUUGGAUAUCGACAAUGGUGCAAUAAGUUGUGGAAUGCCAUCCGUUUUGCAAUGGGCAAGCUUGGUGAUCAUUACACUCCACCUGCAACUGUUGAUGUGUCUCUGAUGCCACCAAUCUGCAAAUGGAUACUCUCAGUACUUAACAAAGCCAUUGGCAAAACUGUUACCUCUUUAGAAGCAUACAAAUUCUCUGAUGCAACAUCUGCUAUAUACUCAUGGUGGCAGUACCAACUAUGUGAUGUAUUCAUAGAAGCUAUAAAACCUUACUUUUUCAAUGAGUCUCAAGAGUCUGAAUCAGCAAGAGCUGCCUCCAGAGAUACCCUGUGGGUUUGCUUAGACGCUGGUUUGCACCUGCUCCACCCAUUCAUGCCUUAUGUAACAGAAGAGCUCUGGCAGCGUCUACCUCAGCCCAAAGAUUCUUGUAGGAAUGAUUCCAUUAUGGUUUCAGAAUAUCCAUCUCCUGUUGAGGAAUGGACUAAUGAUAAACUUGAAAAUGAAAUGGACAUUGUCUUAGAUGCCGUGAACAAGCUGAGAUCUCUGAAGCCCCCAACAGAAACAAAUGAAAGACGACCUGCUUUUGCACUUUGCCAAGGCCAACAGAUUGUUGACACUAUUCAGUGCUAUCAAUCUCUAAUCGUGUCUCUUUCUUCCGUAUCGCAUCUUAAGAUCCUGACAGAGAACGAUGAAACUCCAGCAGACUGUGCAACUGCUGUUGUGAACAAAGACCUCUCUGUGUACCUUCAGCUUCAAGGUGCUCUAAAUGCAGAAGCUGAGCGUGAAAAGCUGAGUAAAAAAAGAGAUGAAAUUCAGAAGCUACAUCAUGCCCUGACACAGAAAAUGGACGCGUUUGGUUAUCGCGAGAAAGCCCCUCGAAGUGUCCAGCAAGAGGACAUGAGGAAGCUCACUGCCUUAUUGGAACAACUAGAGGUCAUUAGUGAAGCUGAGAAGAAAUUAGAUGCCAAAACCGGCAAUAAUUGAGUCUGAUCUCUGUUUUGAAGAUAUUCAUCUUGUGUUGAAGUUGGCCCCACAAUUUUUUGCGUAUAGCUCAGUUAUGUACCUAUAUUCGAAUUGAUGGUUCAGAUUUCUUACACGCUUCCUCAUUUUGCAGCGUGUAAGAAUAUACUGACGACCUAUAGUUCUAUACAAAAGCAUAUUUUUGGCUGUU